AUAUAUUAUUUUCAUAUUGUGAAGGAAAUGAAGAUGUCGACCUCCGACCAUCAUCAUUCGAGCUUUAUUGACCAGGUCCCAACCACUAGCCAGGUUGGACAGAGUUCAGAUAGUUCAGCAUCGACUCCGGAGGGUGGUAUUCAUAAUAGACGAUUUCGAGGCCCUACAGUCAUCAGCGAGGUGGCGAACUUGCCACCCAAUAAGCAACUGAAUAUCAGUUGGAAUAAGUAUGGGCAGCCCAUUGGACAUAAGUAUAGCGAAUUUACAAGGUGGCUGGGCAUUUUAUCUAGGAAUGGGCGCUUAGCGCCUAUUGAUCACGAUAGUUGGCAUCAUGUGCCACUAUCUAACAAGAAUGAGAUUUGGAAUGAAGUGAAAAUCAAGUGGAAUAUCGACGAAGAGCGUCGAAAUUGGGUAAUGAAGUCCAUCAGAGCUUCAUGGAAGGAGUGGAAGAAGAGGUUAAAAAAAGAACACUACAAGCGAUAUUUGACUAAUGAGGAAUGACUAGCUCACUGUCAUGAUCGAGUGGAGUCGACACACUGGAAGUGGCUCGUCACCUAUUGGUCAAGUGAUGAAU